AUGGAGCGAUCUCGUGGUCUAAAGAACCCUUCAGUGGAAGAGAAGAGAUUGGAGCUGGAAAGCAAAAUGGCGCUGUUGGAGGCAGAGGAAAAGGUUCAUGAUGAGUGUCACAGACAGCGCAUGGAAGAGGUCCGAGCCAGAAUUCACAAGAUAGAGCAGGAAAAUGACUCCAUGAGCAAAAGGAUUGCUGAACUGAAGGACCCCACGAGACCAACCAGAGAGGCUCUUCGUGACAGACCCAAGGAGCUGAGGGCUUAUGGCCACUUGACACUGGACGAGGCCAUAGAUAAAGUUCAUGACAAGAAUCUGAGGCUGCAGAAACAGAUAAAUGCCCUCAAUGCCAAGAAGAAGACGGAGAAAGAAAAAAUGAAACAGGAUGUUAGCCGGCCUGCUGCUGUUCGCCAAAAGGAAAAAAGUAGGCGGUCAGAGCUGGAGGAAAAAUUGGAGAAAAAACAGUUAGAGUGUGAGGAGCUCAGGAGGGUCUAUGCUGAAGAGAAACGGCUCACCCAACAGGUAAAGGAGAGCAAUCUGACAUGAUAAGGAUAACAUUACCAAAAAGAUAAAUUAAGUUGUUUCUAAUCUUAUCUUUUCUAAUCUAGGCAAAGGAGAGUACUCUGACCUUGGAAAACCAGAUGAUAGAAAUGGAAAAGAAGGUCCAGAAGAAAAGGGAGGACGUGGAGGCCUUGAAGUCGGGCCUCAGCACCGCACAGCAUCUGAAAAAGCAGGAACUGGCUAAGCUGGACAAGAUGCAGAAACACUCCAAAGAGCAGGAAGAAAAAAUAGACAACCUAAAGAAAAAACUUCAGGAGCUCAAGGACCACAACCAAGAACUGGAGAGACAGCAUCUGAGAUCAGCUCAACAGAAAGCUGAAGAGGACAGCAAAGGCCCCAGCCCCAGGACAGCAGAUGAGGAGGAGGAGAUAGCCUUGAGGGAGACCUGUCUGAAGCUGAUGCGGGUCACUGGAGCUGCUCGUGUGACAGACUUAGCCAAGUGCUUUGCUGCACAAAAAGAAAGACUCCAACGUCUGGAGGAUGAGGUGAAAGAGAAGAUGAAGAUGCCACGGCAGCCGAUGAAGGAGGACCUUUUUCAGAAGUUACAGGACAUGAAAGUGAUCAGAGUGGCUGAGAAGGUCUCCAGUGACAAGAAGACUCAGGUGAAGGUCAGCAAGCAGCUAGUGCAGUCUGUACAGAGAGAGCCAAAGCUUGAAACUCUUUACCGUCUCAGGCUGGAGGGUCUCGCCGAUAGACUCAAACACAUCAAGCUACCUGAGGACAGAGCUGUAGAGGUGUCUCCAGACUCCGAAGACUACUUAUCAGCACUAAAGACUGAGUGUGAUCUGAAGAUGCAGAUCCUGCGCCAGAGGUUUGAAGGAAAAGAUAUAGAUGCUAUCCAGAAGAGGAUGGAGGAGUCAAACUUCCUGGCCUACUUGGAGAAAGAAAAACAAGAGGCUAACCUCUCCGCGCUGCCACAAGAUGAAAGUCUGGAUGACUUUGAGGUCCUGGACGACAGUGCAGAGGAUGAUCCUGACAUCCUCACCCGAGAGCAGCUGAAGGCUCAGUCUCAGAAAAUUGUGGACUCCCACUCCAAGAGGAGACAGUGGCAGAAAAAGAAGGGCAAGUGA